CACCCGGUUAGCGUGUGGGGUGAUACGAUAUUUCAGGACGAGAAAUCUUGUCUUGGACUGACCCCCACGAGAAGCCUAGCUAGGAGAGAAGCAAUAGACCGUUCUUGGUGAGGCGUAAGGGGACGGAGGCAGAUACGCAGCGUUUCGGGUCUAGUCGCUGGCGCGUCUUUACGUCGCUUUUAAGAUAUAUUUUUUUUGAUCUGCGCGACGGCAAGAUCGAGAACUUCUUCGCCUCAGUCCGCAACGCCUUCCUGAAGGCCGGCCUCACGCAGAGACCCCGCAACAGCCUACGCGCUGCCCACGCCACGAUGGACGAGAAGAGAGAAGCCAACUCGGACCAGCUCGAGACGGUCGGGCCGAAGCGCGACCGUGUCCUCGACAGCGUCUCCGUGCCGCCCAAUCUCGCGGCUCUGUCGAAGGCCGACUACGACAAGCUCGGCCGCCGGGCGACGCUCAAGAUGGACCUGAUCAUCAUGCCGAUCGUGGUUAUCAUGUACGUCAUGAACUACCUCGAUCGCCAGAACAUCGCCAGCGCCAAGCUCGCCAACAUCGAGGCGGACUUGAACCUGUCGCCCGUCCAGUAUCAGACCGCAGUCAGCAUCCUGUUCUGCAGCUACAUCCUCUUCCAGGUGCCCUCCAACAUGAUAGCCGGCCGGAUCAAGUGGCCCGGCCUCUACAUCUGCGCCAGCAUGACCGUCUGGGGAGGCGUUUCGGCCGUCAUGGCUGUUGUGAACAAUUUCGCAGGCCUCAUCGUUGCCCGGAUUUUCCUCGGAGGCGUCGAGGCGGUGUUCUUCCCCGGGACUUUGUACUUCCUUUCUAUGUUCUACAACCGCAAGCAAUUCGCCCUCCGGACCGCGAUCCUCUUCAGCGGCUCGCAACUCGGAAAUGCCUUCGGCACCUUGUUCGCCCUCGCCGUCAUGAACUUGGAUGGAGUAGGCGGCCUUGCGGGUUGGCGAUGGCUUUUCCUCGUCGAGGGUGUAAUCACUACCGGUCUCGCGUUGUUAUUCGCUCUUAUCCUCCCGAACUCGAACCAGAAGGUCAUCGGUCUCUCUAAGACCGAGACCGAGUGGGUGCAAUGGAACUAUAUCUCGGAUAUGGGCCAGAAAGACGACUCUCACGAGACGUCUUCUUGGGCAGGUUUCAUGAUGGCCAUCAAGGACCCCAAGACAUGGUUAUUUACCGGCAUCUUAUAUUGUACAUAUAUCGACGGCGCCGUAGCGAACUUCUUCCCCAGUGUUGUUGGCGGCCUCGGGUACGACCGAAAUACGACUUACCUCCUAUCGGCGCCUCCCUUUAUUCUCUGCGUUAUCUGCAUGCUUGCCAACGGUUUCCAUUCGGACCGCACGCAGGAGCGCUUUUUCCACAUCGUCGGGACUCUGUCGGUGACGCUCGUCGCCAAUAUCAUCGCCGUCGCGACCACCAACACCGCCGCACGCUACGUAGCUAUGAUGCUGCUGCCCGCGUCCUUCUACGCGUCGGCCAUCGUGACGCUGUCCUGGAUCACGGGCUCGCUCUCGCAGCCGGCGGUCAAGCGCGCCACCGCCAUCGGCCUCAUCAACUCCAUCUGCAACACGCCCAAUAUCUGGUGCAGCUACCUGUACUACGGGCCCCCCACCUACCUGACGGCUUUCAUCGUCAAUCUCGCAGCCACGGUCCUGGCCAUCGCCUUCGCCGUCGCCACGCGCGUCUACCUCCGCCGCCAGAACGGCAAGCUUGAUCGCGGCGAGGACAGCGGCCCGCACGGUCCGACGCCUGCUCAGGUCGUGGCUGGUUUCAGGUUCAUGCUGUGAGGCGGAUGGCACACGAGCGUCAUCCGUCGAAACACAAUCUUCUAGUCUUCUCGGUAGAUAAUUCGCCUGUAAGACAGCUGUGGGUCAGGCUGAGACGUUGGCAAACGAAGUCUCUUUCUUCGUCACUUCGUUACGUCUAUAACUUUCUGCUAUACAUACUAGUUUUAGAUUUAACCGUCUGCGACCUAUUGAUAAAACCGUGAUGGCAAUGCGAGAUACACCGAGUUCACUUAGGAUCGCUUACUAUGCUUUGCCUCGGUGAAUGAAGCCGCCAGUAAACACAUUUGCAACGUGUAACCGGUAGGUGUGUGAUUACACAUGAGAUACUAUCAGUUCCUGUUCUCCGAAUCGGCCCUUCAUAAUCCUCGUGUCACGGUUUAUUACGGCAUUGUAAGCAAGGAUCUGCUCAGCAACAACUCGAGACCUGCGGAUUUGUGACAAGUCCUAAUCGAUCUCUCACGAUCUUGAAUCUCAUCCAAGCAUCUCCGUCCGUGUUCUUCUAGCUAAGAAACCACCGGUCGCUCGGCCUACAGGGACAAUGUUCUAAUAGGGAAGAAGAAGGCAUCCCGGUAUACGGUACCGACGUGGCAUUAUGGGAUCAUGAUGGGAUCAUUAUGGUAUACAUGCAGGCAUGUGUUUUCGGACUACUUCUGAAUACCUGACAUAUUAACAACCGAAGGAACGCAGAUCCUGGCCCCGG